AUUCAAUCAAGGGGACGAAGCUUUCAUUUCGCAUUUAGUAUUGGUACGCCACAUACAACACCAUGUGGUUGCCUUUCACCCUUUUGAUACUUGCCGGCGUGGCCGCGGCCAAACCCGAUCACGACUGUGCUUGGAAUUCGCAAACCGAGUACCGAUAUCUUGUAUACAGUCGGACAGUGGCAGCCAUUGGCCAAAUUAAAGGACAAUACACUGGACUUCAAGUAAGAGGUACCCUCGUUGUUCAAGCACCAUCGACAAACACGUUGCGAGCGAGACUUGAGAACCCGCAGUAUGCUAAUUUACACGCACCGCUGCGAAACGGUCCAGAAUCCGAGAUCCGAGACGAAGUGUUGCAGUAUCGCGAUCUUCCUAUGUCCGGAAAGCCAUUCGAGAUAAAGCUCAAGCAUGGAUUAAUCCAAAAUGUGUUGAUGGAUAAUGAUGUGCCUAUUUGGGAGGUGAACAUGAUUAAGGCUAUAAUCAGCCAGUUGCAGGUUGACACAAAGGGCGAAAAUCUAAUAGACAGCAAGGGCACUCAAAUACCUGAUGAGUCCCAGCCUUUUGGUACAUUUAAAGUUAUGGAAGACUCCGUCGGUGGCAAAUGCGAGGUUCUCUAUGAUGUCUCCCCAUUGCCCGAUAAUAUUGGUUUGAUGAGGCCAGACAAAGUACCUAUGCCGGAAGAACGCGGUGAUGAUGGCCAUUUUUAUGAAGUCAAGAAAACGAAGAAUUACAAGAAAUGUCAACAACGACAAGUUUAUAUUUAUGGCUUAAACGAUCCAACAAAGGUGUCGCAAUUGGAUAGACAGGACGAUGUUGUUUCGGAAUUAUCCUCGAGUGAAGUAGUUAUUUCCGGCCAUCUGAGAGAAUAUACCAUUCAAUCAUCCGUGACGAGAAACCAAAUAUAUGUUAAACCUCGAAGAACUGAAGGUGUACUUGGCACUGUGCACUGCAUAAUGAAACUAACUUUAGCCAAAAAAUCUCCGAUCACCACGGAAUUGCGCUUGUCAGAUAAUCUCAUGUCAACUGGAAAUUUAGUAUACACGUUUAACAGUCCGUUCUAUGAUUUCGGAAAUCGAAGACCAUUCGUCGACAAGCGACAUAGACGAAUACAAAAGGUUAUCUCUUCUCAAAGCUCUAGCAGUGAAAGCAGUUCUUCCAGCCAGAGUAACGAGAAGGAUAUAGAUGAUACUAUUUUACAACCUCUAACGGACUUACGCCUGCCUCCCAAUAUUCCGCUGUUACCCUUUUUCGUCGGCUUCGGAGGCAAUAACGUCCAAACUUCCGAAGAAGUCAACAUGGAAUCUGUCAUGAAAAUAAUUAUGGAAAUAUCCAAUGAAAUACAACAGCCCGAACGAAUUCAGGAUAAUCAAACGCUGGAGAAAUUCACAAUCUUGAAAAAUAUCCUUCGCACCAUGAGUUACAAGCAGUAUAGUGAGCUAAACAACCGCAUACCGCAUAAGAAACUGUCCAACAAGCACAGUGACACUUGGAACAUCUACCGCGAUGCCGUCGCACACGCCGGAACCGGACCCGCUCUAUUGACCAUCACAGAUUGGAUAAAGAACAAGAAGAUUGAAAACUUAGAGGCAGCGCAAGUUCUUGCCCAAAUUCCCAAACACGUUCGCACACCCACGGCGGAAUACAUCAAAACAGUCUUCGAACUGAUCAAACAUCCAGUGGUAGCGCAACAAAAACAUGUCAGCUCGUCCGCGAUCGUAGCAUUCGCCGAACUUCUUCGUAACGUUAACGGUGGCCAUUAUCCAAAACGGACUUUCGGUCCUUUGAUUUCCGAGGAUAACAAAGACGUGGAAGAAAUUUAUAUUCCUUACAUGGCCAAUCAACUGAAACACGCCAUUUCUAGAAGCGACAGUCCCAGAAUUCAAAGUUACAUCGUAGCACUUGGCGUUACCAGUCAUCCGAAAAUUAUCUCAGUCCUCGAGCCGUACUUAGAAGGCACCCAGCCGGCAUCGAAAUUCCAACGUAUGCUCAUGGUAUCUUCCUUGACCACGUUAAUUCAAACGCAACCGAAAUUAGUUGGGCCCAUUCUCUACAAGAUCUACAUGAACACACGUGAGGCUCACGAGCUACGUUGCAUAGCGGUGCAUAAUUUCAUCAAGAGCGACCCACCUAUGCUCAUGUUGCAGCGCGUAGCGAAAUUCACGAAUUACGAGACAAACGAACAUGUCAAUUCGGUCGUGAAGACAACGCUGGAGAGCCUCGCUAACACAAAGCGACCGGGAUGGGAGAAGCUUGCUAGGAAAGUGCGCAUUGCCCUCAGGCAAAUAAAUCCCAAGAUUGCUACUACGUGGAACUCGAUGGGCUACUAUAGAUAUAUAAAUAGCUGGAUUAUUAACGGAUUUUCUAUGCAAACCGUUGUUAGCGAGGAUAGUUAUCUACCCUCCUUUGUACACUGUGCUCUAAAUACCAUUUUCGAUCGCUACAGCCAGCCCAGCUUGGAAGAAAAGUAUGCGGUAUCAAGCGUAAAACAGUUACUAAAUCAUUUGCAAAACCAAGGAACAAGUCAAAGUUCUUCGCGAAGAACACGCGUUGAUAAGCUUGUCAAAACACUUAAGAUGCAGCCCGCACAUCUGCAAAAGCUUGAAGGAAGUAUUUUCAUUAACUCAUUAAUUGGUUUCUUGUUCUAUCCCUUCGACGAUGAGGCGCUUGAUAAUGUUGUUAAAACUAUGAACGAAUUCAUGGAGAAACAGCAGCAAAUCGAUGUAACUUACUUAAGGAGUUAUGAAGCGACAAUAAGCUUGCCGACUGAAAAUGGUUUACCAUUCAGUUAUACUGUAGACUCACCAACUCUUGUCAAAAUUCAUGCUUCGUUCAACAAACCGGACUCUAAGAGAAAAACUGGCUUACUUAAUGCGUUAAUUGCCAAUAAAGUACAGAGACGCAUCGGUUUUGCAACACUUUUCAAUCAUAAGACGUUCGUCGUUGGUAUUGAUACAAAUCGACACAUGCAAAUACCAAUAAAAUACGAAAUCGAAACCGAUAAGCGAAACAUUGGAGUCACGAUUAUUCCGAAAACAUUACAAUCUCUGGAGGAUUCUACAAAGGAUUCUCUAAAGGAUUCUGAACUUAGUUUGUGGCACCAUAGCACCGUACCCUUCACUACACGACAGGACAUUGAUGAUCUUAGGCCCCUGUCUUUUAAUAAAAAUUUGCAUCAUGUAUUGUCUUCAAGAAAAGACAAAACCGUAGUACAAAAAGGUCUGCUUUCUCUCGAGCUUGAGGUUGACGAAGGACACGGUGAUGUAAGACAAGAAAAGCUAAUGGACUUGCUUCCGAAGCUCUUAAAUCCUUGGGAAGAAAUGAGUCUAAAUCAUUACAUGAAGUUGAACAUGAAGGUAGUUCCUCAACAAUGGGACAGUCAAGAGAUAAAUGUCAACAUUGCUUAUGAUGAAUUGGAAAUCACCGGUAACAAACAAGAUUUGAAUGUAGAGACACUAACCUCAUCGCCAGUAGAUAACAAGCCAAACAGUGAGGAUAGAAGACAACAGAUUAUGAGAAGCCUCAGCCGAGACCUUACAACGGGUAAUGCCUAUGUACUGGACAUAAGUUGCAACGUUCCGAUGUUGGAGAAUGGGCAACAAGUUCUCACUAUCGGCUUAGUGAAUAGCAAUCCGGAAAGAAUGUCUAAGGCUUACGUUUAUUGGAAUAAUCGAACUCCAGGCAAAGAAGAGGUCACUUAUGAAGUUUGCUACCUUCAAGAACUACAACAGUCAUCGGACACUCUGAAUCUCAUGAGAGCUCUUGAGACCACGCCACAGAGUCACUUCAAAGGUAAUUUGUACUUUGGACAGACCUGCCAGGAAGGAAAUCAAGUUGAAAUCAUCGGACUGAUGCAGCGAAGUAACGAACUGAAAGAAAUAAUAAAAGAAACCGAUGUAGUCAAAGAGUGCCAACGAGGCAUUGAAGAGGGCAACCAAAAAAUGCCGGCUUGCCAGAGGGCUGUUGAGCUCGCCAAUAUAGAAGAUCAGCUUGACAUUUCGAUUACCGCACCUUCAGUUGUCCGUAAUAUUAUUGAUCGUGUUAUCGAAUAUGUCCUGGAUCAUUUUAUUCCUUCCACAGCACGCACGGACGUAACACAUCCGAAAAACUCUGAUAUAGAUCACCUCGAAAUAAAAAUAAUUUUACCAUCCAACGACGUAAUGCCGAAGAUUUCUGUACAUACUCCGAAAAUGGAUGUUACUUAUCCUCAUCCCUCGGAAAGCACCCCGGAAAUACGAAAGAUGCGAAAUGAAUUCCCCUUAGCAGGAGAACUACCGAACGAUAUGUGUACUGUGGACAGAAACAUGGUCGUUACUUUCGAUCAAGUGGCCUAUCCUGUAAAAAUGGGAUAUUGCAAACACGUGCUGAUGAUCACUAAUCCACAAUUAGAUUCCGAAGAUGGUCAAGCAUCUAUUCCGGAAGAACAGAAAGUGGCUGUCUUAGCAUACGAAACGAGAGAAAGCCUGAAUACUAUUUUACUCCUGGGUAAUCAAGAAAUUAAGCUGCUCAAGAAAGAAGGUCAUGUUGAAGUCUUGAUUGAUGAGCGGCCGAUCGAAUUAUCGGAGCAUACACCGUAUAAAGAGGUCCAAGAGGAAACCCAUAAGAAAUCUUUGGAAAUUCUCAAGCUAGCAGACGAAUCGAUUGAAGUUUUUUCGCACAAGUAUAAACUCAGAGCGUUAUAUGAUGGAAAUCAUAUUCAAUUACAGGCAUCCAACAAAUAUCGCAAUGCCGUACGCGGUCUCUGCGGCAACUACGAUAUGCAAUCCGAUAAUGAUUUCAUGACUCCUAAGAACUGCGUCCUGAGGAAAUCCGAAGAAUUCGCGGCCACAUUCGCCUUGACUAAUGAAGACGAUUGUCAAGGACCCGCUAUGACGAAUAAACAAAAAGCCGAAGAAGCCGUUUGCACAGAGAUGCAUCCUCAGCCUAGCAAUGUUAUCAACGAUAAAGAAGCAGGAAGAACAUCGACAGAAAAGCAAAGUAAUAGAGGAAGAACACAAGAAAAUGAAAGCAGUAAAUCAGUGGAAAUGAAUGAAGGAAGCAACAAUAUUCUCUUCCGCACAAGAGUAUUUCAAGAGGGCAAUGAGGUCUGUUUCACUACCAGACCUUUGUCAACGUGUGCCGAGGGUACCAGACCUACACAAACGAAGACAAAGGAAUACAAAGUUCACUGCUUAACAAAGAACGAGGAGUCUCUGGAGUUGAAACGUAGAAUCGAGCAAGGCGCUAAUCCAGAUCUUUCUCACAAAUCCGUCUCCAAGACGCACACUUUCACUGUUGCUUACGCUUGCGCUGCAUCUGACUUGACAUAUGAAGAGUAUAUAAAGCCGCUUAAGACAGAAGAAUUCUCAUUUUCUCUCUCGAUACUAUCCGUUUACAUUAUGCGGUUAUCUUUGACCUUUCUUCUAAUCAUUGGGGCGGUUGUGGCCGACCAUCAGAAUGGUUGGGAAACCGAAAAUGAAUAUCACUUCCGCGUACAAAGUCGGACUUUAACUGCCUUAAACAAGCUAGCUCAACAGUUUUCUGGGAUAUUGAUAAACGGUGCACUCAUCGUUCAAGUGAAAUCGCCGGACACAUUGCAAGCAAUAAUUUCUAAGACGCAAUAUGCUCCCGUGCACCAAGUAUUGUCAGAAGGUUGGGACUCUGAGAUAACCGAUUUGGAAUUUCGCGAGCUUUCCUUGUCAGGGAAGUCCUUCGAGAUCAAGCUCAAGCAUGGAGUGAUCCGGGAUGUAUUGGUCGAUCGGGAUGUGCCUACUUGGGAGGUGAAUUUGUUGAAGAGUAUCGUGAGUCAACUGCAGAUUGACACACAGGGCGAGAAUGUGAUAGCGAGUAGAGGUACUCAAGUACCUGAUGAGAACCAACCUUUCGGUUCAUUUAGAGCCAUGGAGGACUCCGUUGGCGGUAAAUGCGAGGUUCUCUACGAUAUAACACCACUGCGUGAUGAUGUUAUCUUCAAGCAGCCAGAGUUAAUGCCCUUACCAAAUCUCCGCGGGGAUGGCUAUCAUUUCGACAUUAUAAAGACGAAGAAUUAUACCCGAUGCGAACAGCGAAUGGCUUAUCAUUUUGAUAUCGCCGGUAAAGCGAAUUGGAAACCAGGAUCUAAUGAUGGAGUUCUUUCGAGAUCAUCCACAAGUCGCAUCCUCAUCUCGGGCAACUUAAAACGCUUCACUAUUCAGUCUUCCGUGACAACGGACAAGAUACUUAUCACUUCUAAAAUUCAUGAUACGUACUCUGGUGCUGUUUACAGUAAAGUAAACGUAACUUUGGACCAUGUACAGAAGAUCUCCAAUAUCAUGCCUGCGUCUGACAACUCCGUCUCAACUGGAAACUUAGUGUACAUUUAUAAUAACCCGUUCUCUAACCAGCGCAAACCGCGCCGUCCAAGUAUCAGUCGAAGUUCCUUAGCGGCUCGUUCGUCUGAGAGUCGCAGUUCUAACAGUUCCAGCGAGGAAAGCAGCGACGAUGAUAGCAGCAGCAGCAGCAGCAGCAGCUCUUCAAAUAAUUCCAACAGCGAGGAGCGUGAGUACUUGCAAUCAAAGCCGAAAUUAGAUGAGGUUCCGGAAAAUCCGUUCUUGCCCUACUUCAUCGGCUACAAAGGCAAGAGCAUUAAAGAAUCUCAAGAGAAUUACUCUCAGGUGGCGGUCCGUUUGAUUGGCCAGAUAACUGGAGAAAUAGAAUAUAUUGCCGUUGAUAUACUACAUCAGCCAUUCACUGAAACGGUGGAGCGAUUCACAAUUCUGAACAGACUGAUCCGCACCAUGGAUACCAAGCAACUCGCUGAAGUAGAAAAUAUGUUAUCCGACACAUUCUAUCAGGACGAUCGUAACAGAUUCUCUAACAAGGAUGAAAAAGACGAGUACGAUAAAGUCAGCUGGAAUGUCUUUUCUAGUGCCGUUGCACAUGCCGGAACUGGACCCGCUCUUAUCACCAUUAGAAAUUGGAUAACGAAUGGGAAACUUAAGGACAUGCGAGCUGUACAGGCCAUUUCAAAAAUUCCCAAAGUCGCGCAAGCACCUACGACGGAAUACGUCAAAGCAGUUUUCGAAUUGAUCAUCGAUGAACAGGUGACAAAACAGAAACUUUUAAACACAACUGCACCUUUGGCAUUCGCCGAAUUAGCCAGCAACGUUUACAACAACAGAUCGUCUAUCUAUCCGAUCUACAGUUUCGGCCGUAUGGUUCCCAAGCAUGAUAAUGCGCUUCUCGAAACCUAUAUUCCAUAUAUGGCCACGCAACUGAAAGAAGCCAUCAAGGAUGGCGACAGUCGUCGAAUUCAGACGUACAUUAUGGCACUGGGUAAUUUCGGCCAUGCAAAAGUAUUCUCUAUCUUUGAGCCAUAUUUAGAAGGAACGUUGCCAUUGUCAAAGUACCAACGCAUGAUGAUGGUCAUCUCGUUUGGCAAACUAGCCGAAAAUUUCCCAAGAGUCACCAGAUCUAUCGCCUAUAAGAUCUAUAUAAAUGUGAUGGAAACUUAUGAGGUGCGUUGCGCAGCUGUUUAUAUCAUAAUGAAGACCAAUCCACCUCUGGCCAUGUUGCAACGAAUGGCAGAAUUCACUAAUCAGGAUGCGAGCAAACAAGUAAAUGCUGCCGUCAAGAGUAGCAUAGAGGCCCUAGCUAAUUUGAAGCAACCGGAGUUACAAGAUCUAGCCAACAAAGCGCGCAUCGCUAAAACACUGUUAAAUCCUUGGAAUUAUAGUUCAGAAUACUCUCAGACCGUUAUUCAAGAGAUGAUAGUCGCCUCUUUAAAUUUUGCUCAAAGAGAGAUUUUUCAGAUAAUUGGUAGUAACGACGGCAGUUGGUUUAAAAGUGUACUUCUUGGCGAAGAUUUAUCUUAUGGUGGUUUUAAUCUACCCCCGACGAAAUUAAUAUAUACAAUAUCGAGUUUGAUUGAAGCUAUUCAGUCAAUGAAGGAUACAUUUAAACGGGUAUGGGGAGAGGACAAAAACGAAGAGAAAGUAGCUAUUGAAGAAAUGAUUGCACAGCUUAAUAUUAAGCAAGAUGAUCUGGAACAUUUUGAAGGAAGUAUUUUGAUGAAUACCCUAUUCAGUUCAUUUUUCUAUCCCUUCGACAAUAAUACAAUUGAAGAAAUAAUGAGGGUGCUUAAAACGGAUAUGAUAUCAUGGAGAGAACCUGGAUCUUUUGGAUCCAAAAACAUAAAUUAUCUAAACAAUUAUGAGGUAAUGUUGGGAUUCCCGACUGAAAGCGGCCUGCCGUUCAUCUACACUUUAAGUUUAGCGAACUUAAUGAGAAUUAACGGUGACGCAUCUCAUAAUAUGAAACCUGACAAUAUAGAAGUAACGGUGGCGGGCCAUUUAUUAUACAAAGAAAGGAUCCAAAGCAGAAUUGGUGUUGUAACACCUUUCGAGCACAGGCAUUACAUCGCGGGUAUCGAUACCAAUACGCAGUUCUUCAUACCAUGUAGUGCACGCGUUGCAAUGAUCGAAGCAAAAAGAUUUGAGUUGAAAAUACACCCGGACGAAAUAUAUAAAUACGGCACCGGACAUAUCGGGAUUCACCAUAGCAGCCAUCCUUACACCGCGCGACACGAUAUUCUCGAAUUUCAACCUGUAAUUCUCAGCAAUGACACACGCAUAAUGCACACGGCCGAACCGCACACAAUAAAUGUCGCGGCAGGUGACGUGAUAAUCGUGGCAACAGCCGAUGAUUUUGACGAUUCGAAGGAUACGUCAUUUGAGGAGAUGCAAGAGAUUUGGAAUGCAUUUAAAUUCAACUCUGGAGGAGCUCGUUACAGGAACUUCAGUUCAAUCAUAUUUAUCAGGCCAGCAGAAGUAAACAUAACUCUGCAUGCCAUGAUAAUUAAUCCCGACAAGCUGGACCUUGAACCCACGGAAGAAGCGAUCCCUGCAAUAACUGACAAACAAACAGACAGCGAGGAAAGAAGGGACCAGUUUUUAAGAGAAGUUUCCAGAGAUAUAAAUUCUCCUGUUGCAUAUAUUUUCGACUUAGGUUUUGCUUCUGAAAGUAGUAAACAAGUUUACACUCUUGCUACGAGUCAAAGCAAUGUAGAUGAAAAGUAUCAAGCUCUUUUCUAUUGGAAUAUCCAAACACCAGAGGAGGGAGAAGUCUACGCGGAGGUUUGCGGUGCUGGACAAUUGCAAGUAUCACCGAGCAAUCCUCUGAACUUUGAAAAAGCAAUCGAGCAAAUACCGAAAGAUGAGUUUAGCGCUGAACUGCGAUUUGGUAGCUGCACGAAUGGAGAAAGGAUUAAACUCAAAGGAAAUUUGACUCGUACUGACAGAGCCAAAGAAACGGCGAUGAAAUCCGAGGUAAUCGCUAAAUGUCGGCAAGAAAUGGCACAAGGUAACAAAGGACUGCUGGCUUGUCAAGAAGCCAUCGAAUUACUCGAAGAGAGAGAUCGUCUGAUGGUAUCAAUGGAAAUGAAGUCGAAUCGUCUCAGUAUGCUUGUGAACAAUGCUAUCUUCUCGAUCAAGACGAUUCUCCCCGACGAAAAUGUGAAGAUGCUGAGCCCGGGAGAUGUUAAAGAGAAUACUAUUGAUAUGGAGAUAAAUGUACCAUCCAAAAGCAAUAAUGGAAAAAUUUCUUUACGCACCUCAGAAGUAGGUGUUACAUUCUCUUUAGCAGACGCUGUCAAGAAUAUUCCAGAGCAAAAACAAAAAGAAAACUUUUUGUGCACUCUCGACAAAACCAAGGCUGCUACUUUUGAUGAUAAUGUUUAUCCGUUGAAACUAGGAAAAUGUUGGCACGUGAUGAUGACCACUUUUCCAAAGCGAAAUCCUAAUAAUCCUGAAAAGCUAUUGACUAUUCCGGAAAAUUCACAAGUGCUUAUCAAGGUCCGUGAAAUGGAUGACGGCAGCAAAGAAGUCAAGAUGAUCUUCGGUUGCAAGGAAAUAUAUCUGCGAAAAAGAGAUGAUCGUCUCGAAGUCACAGUUGACGGAAAAACAGAGGAGUUUUCGCAACAUAAGAGCUAUGCGGAUGACGAUAAUACCUUCGAAAUUUACGAGUUACACGAUGGAUCGAUUAAUGUUUACUCCGAGAAACAUAAAAUCAAUGCUAUAUAUGACGGAGAACGUAUCCAAGUUGAGGCACACAGAAAAUAUCGCAAUUCCAUACGUGGCCUCUGCGGUAACUACGAUUUGAGGUCCGACAAUGAUUUUAUUAUACCAAAGAACUGCGUCCUGACAAGACCCGAAGAAUUUACCGCAUCAUACAUCUUGAUUGACGAGGAAUGUCAAGGAUCUGUUUUGGAAAACAAACGAAAAGCCGAAAAAUCCACAUGCAUUGCGAAAUCAUAUCGUCCGAGCGACGUUAUUAGCGACAGAGAAGCGGGAAGAGCACCGAGCAAAAAUAAAUGGGGCUAUCAUUAG